AUGAAGAUGGAAGCAUUUGCAUGUUUUGGAAUUAGGUCCAAGAAGAAGGCGAUGUUGGAGAAACAAAUGCAGUUGGAAUUGUCAGAGGCAGAGAAGAACCCAAACUAUAUGAACCAACUGAGCACAGAGUUGAUAAUUUAUAUACUCAAAUGGAUGACUAUACCCGAACUCUGUAUACUGGCGCGAAUCAACAAGCGCUUCAAAGAGUGCUGCUACGACGCCACACUCUGGAGGAAUCUGGCGAUGAACUCCAACAUGCCCCGCAAGAAGAUUAUCGCCGCACUCAAAUCGAUGGAGUCUACCGCGCGUCUACAGUCGGUCAGAAUGAUCAACUUGAACAACCCAUCUAUCAAGCAAGCUACGAUCGACUACAUUGUCACGCACACUCCACAGCUCAAGGAGGUCCGACUUCACAACCUGCGUCUGACAGAGAAGACGUCCAAGCUACUGGUGGCCAAGUGCCCCAACCUCGAACAGGUCUACAUGGAUGGUGGUCGCACCAGCGACGAGUGUCUGGAGCUGCUGGCUAAUGGUGCCGUUAAGUUGAAAUCCAUUAACCUUCACAAGGUAGAGAACAUCACCACCACAGGCAUCUGCCACAUCAUCAAGAACACCAACCUCUCCUUCCUCAACUUUAAUGGUAUCUCUGGUUGGGACAUCAGAACUCUGGCACCAUAUUGUGCCCAUUUCACAUCGAUGGAUCUAGGUUCAAGUAACAACUUGAGUGAUGACGACUUGAAGGCAUUGACAAGACAAUGCAAGAAGUUGAAGUUCAUAUCGUUAAAGAGCUGCAAGCUCAUUACAGAUCAUGGCGUGUUGGAGUUGAUCAACGAUUGUCCACAAUUGAUGGAUCUGAACUUGGCCAGCUGCAACAAGAUCACCAGAACCAGCGUACAACAUGUUCUUCAGCAACUGCACUCUCUGACAACACUCAACCUGGGCAGCUUCAAGAACCUGCAUCCAAUCAUCUUCCCCAAGAAUCCAUACCGUCUGCUAAACACGCUGACCAAUAUCGAUCUCUCCUACACAGACGUCAACGACGACGACAUCAAGCAGCUGACAGAGUACGCAGCCAACCUGAAGAAUCUGAGGCUGUGUGCAUGUGUCGAGGUCACUGACCACUCAAUGGUGUUGAUCGCUACACACUGCAAGAAGUUGGCCAACGUCGACCUGUCGCGUGACCAACAGCCAGGCUCCUCUCAGAACAAGGGUCCAAUGAAGAUCACCCUGGAGACUGUCGAGGCAUUGUUCCUCAAUUGCCAAGACCUUCAAAAGGUGUCAUUGUCCUACUCGAGCAGGAACAACAUCACCAAGAGGAGUGUCAUGGAGCUGCACGAGAGAAGGACUGCCAUUGGUUGGAAGAACGUCAACUUUACUCUCAACGAGGAGAACAUCGUAUUGAACAACAACAAUGUCAUCAACAACAACAACAACAACUUGCUAAACUCUAGCAAUAACAACAAUAUUAACAACAACAACAACAACAACAACAACAACAACAACAACAACAACAACAACAACAACAAUAAUAUUAACAGCAACAACAACAACAUUAAUAAUCCAAACAUCAAUAACUUACAGUUACCUCCUCCAUUGGCCAAUGGCACUCCACAGAGU